GGAGCUGCAGCACCGUGUACGCAGUUUCCAUGGGGACUGAAGAUGGCGCCGCGAGGGAAGCGGUUGUCCUCCACCCCCCUGGAAAUUCUGUUCUUUCUGAACGGGUGGUAUUAUGCUACCUAUUUCCUGCUGGAACUUUUCAUAUUUCUGUAUAAAGGUCUCCUGCUACCAUAUCCAACAGCCAAUCUAGUACUCGAUGUGGUGAUGCUCCUCCUUUACCUUGGAAUUGAAGUGAUUCGACUGUUUUUUGGUACAAAGGGAAACCUCUGCCAACGAAAGAUGCCACUUGCUAUUAGUGUGGCCUUGACCUUCCCAUCUGCUGUGAUGGCCUCCUAUUACAUGCUGCUGCAGACCUAUGUGCUCCGCCUGGAAGCCAUCAUGAACGGCAUCUUGCUCUUCUUCUGUGGAUCAGAGCUGCUGCUUGAGGUGUUAACCCUGGCCGCUUUCUCCAGUAUGGACAGGAUUUAAAGUACAAAAAUUGCAGCAAGCAGCCCGCAGAGGCUGAGCCCACACAGACUUCUAGUACUUCAGCCACACCGGUGAGAAAUGGUGGGUCAAAUGGUCUCGGGGAAAGUUGCAGCUUUUCCUCAGCAUAUAUUUGGGCAACAAACCGAGCAUAAGGCCACUGGGCACCAUCUUCUAAACAGGACCAUCAGCCUAAGAGACUCUUCUACAUGCCAGUAUAGGGAAGGGCACGGCUGUCCCCCUCCUGGCCAUUCUCACAACCAGUUCCCUGCUGACCUCAAGUUCUCCUCUUUGAUCAUCAUGGCCGGAGCAUCAUGUGUGGACCAUGUAGGCUCCUUGGGCUUCCGGCAGGAUCUGAGCCACACUCCCUGCACCCUGUAUGUGCUGUGCCACACCUGUCGCGCAUGAGCAUGGAGAGCCAUGGGGUGGUGUGCUCCAAGAGACGCAAAAACCUCUUAUGCUUAUUCUUCAGAGACUGAGCUCCAGAACUUUUU